CCGCGGCGGGGCCGGGGGGACGCGGGGCCAUGGAGGAGGCCGAGCCGAACGAGCGCAGCCCUCUGCUGAGCAGCGGCGAGCGCGGGCGGGCGGCGAGCAGCGCCUUCCAGGGCCGGCGGCUGGCCUGCGCCGCCGUGCUGCUGGCCGAGCUGCUGGAGCGAGUGGCCUUCUACGGCAUCACCUCCAACCUGGUGCUGUUCCUCAACGGGCCGCCCUACGGCUGGGAGGGCGCGCAGGCCAGCCAGGCGCUGCUGCUCUUCAUGGGCAUCACCUACCUGGUGUCGCCGUUCGGGGGCUGGCUGGCCGACGCCCUGCUGGGCAAGUUCGGCACCAUCCUGCUCAGCAUGGCGCUGUACCUGCUGGGCAUGCUGGCCUUCCCGGUCAUCGCCGCGCCGCACACCCGCCAGGGCCUGUGCGGGGACAUCCCCCUGUUCCCCGUGGAGAACUGCUCCUCGCCGGCCGCCAACGCCACCCUGGCGCCCUGCUCCCAGGCGGGAGCCACCCGCUACUGUGCCAGCGCCACCUUCGUGGGACUGGUCCUCGUGGGGCUGGGCGUCGGCUCGGUCAAGGCCAACAUCACCCCGUUCGGGGCGGACCAGGUCAAAGACCGGGGUCCAGAAGCCACAAGAAGGUUUUUUAAUUGGUUUUACUGGAGCAUUAAUUUGGGAGCCAUCCUGUCCCUGGGAGGCAUUGCCUACAUCCAGCAGAACGUGAGCUUUGUGAUCGGCUACAGCAUCCCCACGGUCUGCAUCGGCAUCUCCUUCAUGGUUUUCUUGUGUGGGCAGAGCUUCUUCAUCACCAAACCUCCUGAUGGCAGUGCCUUCACAGACAUGUUCAGAAUUCUCACCUACUCCUGCUGCUCCAAGCAGGCCCACGGGGAGCACUCAGCAAACAGUGAAGGCCAGGGAGUGCUGCACCCACCUCGCAGGCAAAGCCUCUUCGAGAUGGCCAAGCUGUCUCGGGGAGGCCCCUUCAGAGAAGACAAGGUGGAGGAUGUGAAAGCUCUUGUCAAGAUUAUCCCUGUCUUUCUGGCUUUAAUACCCUACUGGACAGUGUAUUUUCAAAUGCAGACAACGUAUGUGCUGCAGAGCCUCCAUCUGAAAAUUCCCGAGAUAUCCAACGACACCAACUCCAUCCAUACGUUCCCAGCAGCCUGGCUGACCAUGUUUGAUGCAGUGCUCAUCCUGCUCCUGAUCCCCCUGAAGGACAAGCUGGUGGACCCCAUUUUGAAGAGGCAUGGCUUGCUGCCCUCCUCCCUGAAGAGGAUUGCAGUUGGGAUGUUCUUUGUGAUGUGCUCUGCCUUUGCUGCAGGAAUUCUGGAAAGCAACAGGCUGAAAAUGGUGAAGGUUAAAACAAUUAACCAGACAAUUGGGAAUGUUACAUACCAUGCUGCAGAUUUGCCAAUCUGGUGGCAGAUUCCUCAGUAUGUGCUGAUUGGAUUCAGUGAGAUAUUUGCAAGUAUAGCAGGUCUAGAAUUUGCAUAUUCAGCUGCUCCCAAGUCCAUGCAGAGUGCCAUUAUGGGGCUGUUCUUCUUCUUCUCGGGGAUCGGCUCCUUUGUUGGCUCUGGAUUGUUGGCUCUGGUGUCUAUUAAAGAAAUUGGCUGGAUGAGCAAUCACACAGAUUUUGGCAAUAUUAAUGGCUGCCAAUUAAACUAUUACUUCUUUCUGCUGGCUGCCAUCCAAGGAGCCACCCUGCUGCUGUUCCUGAUUGUCUCUGUCAAGUACGAGCACCACAAGGCCAAGGCGGGCGAGGCGGCUGCCAACGGGAGGCUGUGAGCCUGGCAGGGCACCUGUGCCAGCAGCACCAGGGAGGGCAGUGCCAGCAGGGGCCCUCCUGCCUGCCCAGGGACCCUGCAGCCCUGCCCUGUGCCCGUGGCUAAGUGCCUUAGGGCAGGGGCUGCUUCUUGCACAAUGGCCUGGCAGAGACUGCAAAGCUGGGCAUGGAUCACUGCAGGCACUGGGGCUGCUCUGUGCCCAUGGGCAGUGAAUCCUCUGCAGGGCUGGGGCUGCUCUGUGCCCAUGGGAGUGAAUCCUCUGCAGGGCUGGAGCUGCUCUGUGCCCAUGGGCAGUGAAUCCUCUGCAGGGCUGGAGCUGCUCUGUGCCCUUGGGGAGUGAAUCCUCUGCAGGCACUGGAGCUGCUCUGUGCCCAUGGGAGUGAAUCCUCUGCAGGGCUGGAGCUGCUCUGUGCCCAUGGGCAGUGAAUCCUCUGCAGGACUGGGGCUGCUCUGUGCCCAUGGGCAGUGAAUCCUCUGCAGGCACUGGAGCUGCUCUGUGCCCAUGGGCAGUGAAUCCUCUGCAGGGCUGGAGCUGCUCUGUGCCCAUGGGCAGUGAAUCCUCUGCAGGGCUGGAGCUGCUCUGUGCCCAUGGGCAGUGAAUCCUCUGCAGGACUGGGGCUGCUCUGUGCCCAUGGGCAGUGAAUCCUCUGCAGGCACUGGAGCUGCUCUGUGCCCAUGGGAGUGAAUCACUGCAGGCACUGGAGCUGCUCUGUGCCCAUGGGCAGUGAAUCCUCUGCAGGGCUGGGGCUGCUCUGUGCCCAUGGGGAGUGAAUCCUCUGCAGGGCUGGAGCUGCUCUGUGCCCAUGGGAGUGAAUCCUCUGCAGGGCUGGGGCUGCUCUGUGCCCAUGGGGAUGAAUCCUCUGCAGGGCUGGGGCUGCUCUGUGCCCAUGGGCAGUGAAUCCUCUGCAGGGCUGGGGCUGCUCUGUGCCCAUGGGCAGUGAAUCCUCUGCAGGGCUGGGGCUGCUCUGUGCCCAUGGGCAGUGAAUCCUCUGCAGGGCUGGGGCUGCUCUGUGCCCAUGGGCAGUGAAUCCUCUGCAGGGCUGGGGCUGCUCUGUGCCCAUGGGCAGUGAAUCCUCUGCAGGGCUGGGGCUGCUCUGUGCCCAUGGGCAGUGAAUCCUCUGCAGGGCUGGGGCUGCUCUGUGCCCAUGGGCAGUGAAUCACUGCAGGCACUGGGGCUGCUCUGUGCCCAUGGGAGUGAAUCCUCUGCAGGGCUGGAGCUGCUCUGUGCCCAUGGGCAGUGAAUCCUCUGCAGGGCUGGAGCUGCUCUGUGCCCAUGGGCAGUGAAUCCUCUGCAGGGCUGGGGCUGCUCUGUGCCCUUGGGCAGUGAAUCCUCUGCAGGGCUGGGGCUGCUCUGUGCCCAUGGGCAGUGAAUCCUCUGCAGGGCUGGGGCUGCUCUGUGCCCAUGGGCAGUGAAUCCUCUGCAGGGCUGGAGCUGCUCUGUGCCCAUGGGCAGUGAAUCCUCUGCAGGGCUGGGGCUGCUCUGUGCCCAUGGGCAGUGAAUCCUCUGCAGGGCUGGGGCUGCUCUGUGCCCUUGGGGAGGUGUUUACUGAGCUCCUGAGGCUGGCACAGCUGGAGGGCACUGCAGGGACUCACAGGGGCUCUUCUGACCCCACAGAAACACUCUGCAGGCCAAGCCUACCCUGGGGACACAGGGGGGGAACACUGACAGGAGCCUCAGGCAGUGCAUGGGUUUUCAGUGCUGGGAGUCAUUUUGGGGUGAGAAACAGGGACAAAUUAAAUUAUAAAUUAGCAGAGCUUAAAUAUUAUAACUGACCUGUUACUGACAGUGUGUCCAGGGUUUCAGUCCAGACGUGCAGCCAGGAGUGUCCAGGACUGAGGACUGAAUCCUAAAUCCCAGCAGCUGGUCAGAGGUGCACAAUUAACUCCUGUUGGGAUUGAAGCUGUUUGACUGCAGCAAUGUUUUUAUUUUUGAGCCUGCAUUAGAUGCUUUAGGACAACAGCCACCUUUGGACAAGGCCCUGUUCAGUCUGACCCUGUUCCUCCCCUAAGGACUAUUCCAAAUAUUUGCAGGAAGCAAAGCAAGCUGGAAUUGUGAGCAGAUCAAUGCACAGUAACCAUUCAGCAGCCUCUAGCCAGGUCCUUCAGUCUUGUCUUACUUCACUUAACGUGCUCCAGGGUUGGGAUCUGUCAGCAGCACAUUCCUCCAGCAGAGCAAAUGGCUUUUUGUUCAGCCUCUUGAAUUGUAAUGAUUCUAACAACUGUACUUCAGAGUGUGUGCAGACUGCUGUGGAAGGUGCAAGGAAUUAUGCAGAAAGAAAAUAAAACCUUUUUAAUAAUGUGUUGAAUUUUUAUAGUUUCCUUUGUCUGCAGUUCUGUUGUUUGAAAUGUCCUCAUUUUAUACAUGGACAUCUUUUUAAUGAGUUUACAAAAGAAAAUGAACCUCCAUGCUGUGACUUUCGACCCUUGUUUCUAGGUGAAUAAAAUUAUUCUAUAACUAC